UCUGGGGAUCCAGCGAGGGCACCGCCGCCGCCCGGACGGCCCGCCGAGCGCCGCCACCAUGAGUGAAGUUCCUGAGGAUACCUUGAAGGCCAUUCUGUUGGAGUUAGAAUGCCACUUUACAUGGAAUUUACUUAAGGAAGACAUUGAUCUGUUGGAUGUGGAAGAUACCAUUGGACAACAGCUUGAAUUUCUUACCACAAAAUCCAGACUUGCUCUUUAUAACCUGUUGGCCUACGUGAAACACCUAAAAGGCCAAAAUAAAGAUGCCCUAGGGUGCCUGGAACAAGCAGAGGAAAUAAUCCAACGAGAACACUCAGACGAAGAAGAAGUAAGAAGCCUGGUCACUUGGGGAAACUAUGCCUGGGUGUAUUAUCACAUGGACCAGCUUGAAGAAUCUCAGAAGUAUGUAGACAAGGUAGGGAACGUCUGCAAGAAAUUAUCCAGUCCUUCUGACUACAAGUUGGAGCGUCCUGAGAUUGACUGUGAGAAAGGGUGGGCACUGUUGAAAUUUGGAGGUAAGUAUUACCAAAAGGCUAAAGCAGCUUUUGAGAAGGCUCUGGAAGCAGAGCCUGACAAUCCAGAAUUUAACAUCGGCUAUGCCAUCACAGUGUAUCGGCUGGAUGAUUCUGACAGAGAGGGUUCUAUCAAGAGCUUUUCUCUGGGGCCUCUGAGGAAGGCUGUUACCCUGAACCCAGAUAACACCUACAUCAAGGUUUUCCUGGCACUGAAGCUUCAAGAUGUACACGCAGAAGCUGAAGGGGAAAAGUAUAUUGAAGAAAUCCUGGACCAGAUAUCGUCUCAGCCUUACGUCCUUCGCUAUGCAGCCAAAUUCUACAGGAGAAAAAAUUCCUGGGACAAAGCUCUCGAACUGUUAAGAAAGGCCUUAGAGGUGACGCCAACCUCUUCUUUCCUGCAUCACCAGAUGGGACUUUGUUACAGGGCACAAAUGAUCCAAAUCAAGAAGGCCACACGCAACAGACCUAAAGGGAAGGAGAAACUGAAGGUUGAGGAGCUGAUUACCUCCGCCAUAUUUCACUUCAAAGCAGCUGUGGAACGAGACUCUAUGUUUGCAUUUGCCUACACGGACCUGGCCAACAUGUAUGCUGAGGGAGGCCAGUACAGCAAUGCUGAGGACAUUUUCCAGAAAGCCCUCCGUCUGGAGAACAUAACUGAUGAUCACAAGCAUCAGAUCCACUACCACUAUGGCCGCUUUCAGGAAUUUCACCGUAAAUCAGAAAAUACUGCUAUCCAUCAUUAUUUAGAAGCCUUAAAGGUCAAGGACAGGUCAUCCCUACGCACCAAACUGACAAGUGCUCUGAAGAAAUUGGCUACCAAGAGACUUUGUCACAAUGCUUUAGAUGUGCAGAGUUUGAGUGCCCUUGGGUUUGUUUACAAACUCGAGGGAGAAAAGAGGCAGGCUGCUGAGUACUAUGAGAGGGCUCAAAAGAUAGAUCCGGAAAAUGCAGAGUUUCUCAAUGCUCUCUGCGAACUCCGACUUUCCAUUUAAAUAUGUACCCUAGGAAAUUAGUGCUAAACUUUUCCCUCCAUUUUGCUGUCUUCUAUUUUUGUUUAUUGUUUUAAUCCAUUGUUCAUUAUAGAGCCAGUUUUUAUUAAGUGGUUAUUAUGUACUAGACAUUAUGCUAAAUACUCCAUAUGUAUAUUGUGAUGGAUUUUUGCUGAUUUUUAAAAAUUAAAAUACUAUAAUCCAUUGAGAAACAGCAA